CCGUCCAGUGCGUGUUGUGAGCAGAGCUGACCUGGCUGAAGCUGCUCAUCCUCUUCCCGUGUCCUUGCUCUAUGUAUAACCCUGAGGAGAAAGCACAAUACAUCCUGAACUUUGGCUUGUAUUGUCCCAAAUCUCCUACAGCAGCUUCACCCAGCCAUUAAACAAGAGAUAGCACUGCAGUACUUCAAGAGCUCUCAAGGAAAGAAAAAUGCACGUGUCAGUUUUCCAUUGACACCUGUGGCUGCACCACGACCAAGCCUUGAACGCUGGAUCUUCAGUCUCCGUGACCCCGAAUCGCUUGUUGGGAUGAGCUGUGAAUUGCACCCAGAGGAGCCCAUGGGUUCAGAAGAGGCUUUGAGGCUUGACCUGAACCUGACUACUUGGUAUAAGGCAGAGGAGAAGAAAUUAUUCUGGAGUAUGAGCUGUAGCAUCUACAAAGUCCUCAGAACCAGGCUUACCAAGCAGCAGAGCAGGAAUACUCCAUGUCCAGGAUCUCUUCUGUGAUCAUGGUUUUCAUACAGGGAUUCAAAGACAGUGAGAUUAAUGCAGUUCAAGCCAAUUGAUCUAAGAAGACCUCAACAUCUACUUGCUUAGGCUGGUGUUUCCAAAGCUGGCAGUGUGGGUGCUCAGAGCUUUGCCGCGUCCCCUGAAGAACACACCACGCUGGCAGCAGCUCCAGUUAGUAGCAAGAAACCAAGUUUUCUGCCUGGUUUACACCUACCAGAACACACAGAGUCUGCCCGCAAUGCGUCAUGGUGUUCUACUCCCAUCAUAGACGUCCAAAGUGAUCAGAAUAACUUCUGGAAAGCAAGUUAUUUUGGUUUUUUGGACGUGUUUCUUUACCCUGGCAUGCUGUUCCAUCGUCACAGCACCCGGCUGUCCUGUAACUGGACACAGCAACACAGGGUCACCAGAAGGUCUGUCCAAGUCGCUGGGUCUCAUUGAGGGCUAUGGUGGGCGCGGUAAAGGUGGUCUUCCCGCCACCCUGUCCCCUGAGGAGGAGGAGAAGGCAAAGGGACCCCAUGAGAAAUACGGCUACAACUCCUACCUCAGCGAGAAAAUUUCCCUGGAUCGUUCCAUCCCAGAUUAUCGCCCAACCAAGUGCAAAGAGCUGAAAUACGGCAAGGACCUGCCCCAGAUCUCCAUCAUCUUCAUCUUCGUGAACGAGGCGCUGUCGGUUAUCCUGCGAUCAGUGCACAGCGCCGUGAAUCACACACCAGCUCACCUCCUGAAGGAGAUCAUCCUUGUGGAUGACAACAGUGACGAAGAGGAACUGAAGGCGCCACUGGAAGAAUACGUCAAUAAGCGCUACCCCGGGCUGGUGAAGGUGGUGCGCAACCAGAAGAGAGAGGGACUCAUCCGCGCUCGGAUCGAGGGCUGGAAAGCUGCCACUGGCCAGAUCACGGGGUUUUUUGAUGCUCACGUGGAGUUCACUGCCGGCUGGGCUGAGCCCGUCCUCUCACGGAUUCAGGAGAACCGGAGAAGGGUCAUUCUCCCCUCCAUAGACAACAUCAAGCAGGACAACUUCGAGGUGCAGCGUUACGAGAACUCGGCGCACGGGUACAGCUGGGAGCUGUGGUGCAUGUACAUCAGCCCCCCCAAGGACUGGUGGGACGCCGGGGACCCCUCGCUGCCCAUCAGGACGCCGGCAAUGAUCGGUUGCUCGUUCGUUGUGCACAGAAAGUUCUUCGGAGAAAUUGGGCUUCUCGAUCCCGGGAUGGACGUGUACGGAGGGGAGAACAUAGAGCUCGGCAUCAAGGUGUGGCUGUGCGGUGGCAGCAUGGAGGUCCUGCCCUGCUCCCGGGUGGCUCACAUCGAGCGCAAGAAGAAGCCCUACAACAACAACAUCGGGUUCUACACCAAGCGCAAUGCCCUGCGGGUGGCCGAGGUGUGGAUGGACGACUACAAAUCCCACGUCUACAUUGCGUGGAACCUGCCGCUAGAGAAUCCAGGUAUUGACAUCGGGGAUGUUUCCGAGAGAAAAGCGUUAAGGAAGAGCUUGAAGUGUAAAAAUUUCCAGUGGUAUCUGGACCACGUUUAUCCGGAAAUGAGAAGAUACAACAACACAGUCGCUUAUGGCGAGCUUCGAAACAACAAGGCGAAAGAUGUGUGCCUGGACCAGGGCCCGCAGGAGAACCACACAGCAAUAUUGUACCCGUGUCACGGCUGGGGACCUCAGCUUGCGCGCUACACCAAGGAGGGAUUCCUUCAUCUCGGCGCCCUCGGCACCACGACUCUUCUCCCCGAUACCCGCUGCCUGGUGGAUAACGUGAAAAGCCGCUUCCCUCAGCUCCUUGAUUGCGAAAAGGUCAAGAGCAGCCUCCAUAAGCGCUGGAAUUUCAUACAGAAUGGUGCCAUCCUGAACAAGGGAACGGGACGAUGCUUGGAAGUGGAGAACAGAGGAAUGGCUGGCAUCGAUCUGAUUCUUCGCAGCUGCACAGGACAAAGGUGGACGAUUAAGAAUUUCAUCAAGUAAAGGGUGGAAGGGUCAGAGGAGUUGGACUCAAACCACAGCUGGCUUGGACUGAACUGACUGGACUCCUUUGGGAAGGACAAAAUAUCAAAACAGAGCUUUAUUCGUGUUAUUAGGAGAGGACAUGGGGGAAACGGGCAUUUGUGUCUUUUUAUUGUAUAUUAGUCUCCCACAGCUGAUCCCGACUGUGUGAAAUUGGGUCAGAACUGCUAUUUUCUUCUGGCGAGCACUCUAAAAGGUACCACUUAUUUCUGCUGGAAUGACUGUAAUAAGCUCAUGCAGUCUUGUGAGCAUUUUACUGACAGGGAAUUGUUGCUUUCUGGGACGUCUCCAAGCUCUCCCAAAGGGGCCAGGUAGGUUUGCAGCACGAUCAGAGUCAAGAGACCCUGGAUAUACCUACCUGGCAAGCAGGAAAACUUACAUACUUGUGGGAGGAAAAGGUUUCCAGGCCCUAAAUGAGCUGAAUUUGCAAGAUGUGGUGUUUUGCUAGGUGCAAUCGCUUUCCCCCUUCUCACCCUUGCAUCCCGCAGCCCCUUGCCUGAGGCUGGGAACAGCAAAGCUCUCAGAGACACCUCAGUGGCUCCCAUGGAUCACAGGUGUCAUUAAACAGCAUCCUAUUGAAUGAAAACACUGAUUUCCCAUUGUUCCCUCUCCAUCGCCAAUGUGCUCCUGCCACCGGUUCCUCCCAUGGUCACCCCAAAUGGCUUCCCCUUGGAAAAGACCUUGGGUGGAUAGUUGUCUUCUCUUUUGGGGAUCAAUCAGACUGCAGAUCAGGGAGCUGCAAGAUCCACCUUGCCCUCCCAGCAAAGCUGAUGGCCUGGCACUGUCCCCUUGGACACCCACCAUCACCCUUUUUUCACUCUUUCCCUGUAGAAAUGAGGCUGGACCUGCUGGCGUGUGCAACUCACCGAGAGCAGGUAACGCAAGAGAAAAUCCUGUGUGGGCUUCCCUCCCAUGGAGGCUGUAAGGUUUGUUUUUAAGGCGUUCUUGCUCUGAAUGAAGACCUUGAUAGUGGUUGUCUCCAUAAGUUUGUAGUGGUGUAGAUCUCUUCCAGAAGCUCAGACACACCCAUCCUGCCUGGGCAAUGUGAGACUAUGGGCAAGGUCCACCCCAAACACCACACGGUGCUACAGUCUUCAUGGGCGAUGGAGAGGGAGGGCAAGACACCACUAAAUGGCCGUUUGGCUGAAAUUCUUGACCUUGGAGUCACUUGAAGGUUGUGGGGCAAUCUCACCUGCUUUUUUUGCCCCACAGUAGUCUCAGCUACAAAAUCUACCAUCAUGGGAGACCUCUGGUUUGGGGUCCUGAUACCUGGCUAACCGGCAAAGGGAAAUGUGGUCUUGGAAAGUUGUUUUAUGUGGAUUCCAGACUAAAGGGUGGAUACAGGCUCCGCUCGGUGGCGGGGAGAAGCCAGCCCAUCUCCUGUCCUUCUCGUGGAAUAAUACUCUUUCUGGUUGCCCUCUGGCUAGGGUGCACUAAAAUAUAUUAAUAUAUGAAAUGUACGUGUAAAUAAUGUUUCCCAAAGAUGGGACAUGCACAGAGUUGUUUGCUGCAGAGCGCUCAUUUCUGUCUUCCAUUUGCAUCAGGAUGGAGCUACCUGGACGUUUAAUGAGUUUAAUUUUCAAUGCCAUGCAGCAGGUUUAUAACUGAUGUUUUAGUAAUUUAUUGAACAGAAGCAGAUACGUUGCAUUGUUCUUUCUACAGCAAUGAGCAUCGCAUAGGACUGAUUGUUCAUUUAGGCUUGACAAGACUUCCUCUUCCAUUGGGGUUGUCUCUGAUUUUUUCCCUUGCCUUCCUUAAUGAAGUAAAACCUCUUAGUUGUCCUGAAUUGCAAAGUAGGGAGUCAAUGUAGAAUUUUGCUCUUACUCGCUGUUGCAUCAUCUCUUGUGUAAUAAAUUUUAGCACUUAUAAAACCAA